CUCAGAAACCUGUUGCCAAUUCAGUAUAGUUAUAAAUAGGAAAAAGUAGACUUGGAAAUGGAAUAGAGCACAGAAGCAAAAUGAAUACAAUUGUUAUACUGAUUGCGGCUGGCAUCGUUUGCUGUAUAGGGAUCGUGGAUGCAAAGUACCUUAUUUUUUCGCCAAAUGGAGGUAUAAGCAAUUGGAACGACGCCGUCAACUACUGCAAACGUCGAUCAGCCAACAUCGUCAAGAUUGAAAACAGGGGCGAAUGGAAUAACCUAUAUAAUCUCUUGCAAUGUGAAAAUAAGAGUGGAGACGGCUGGUUCAUUGGAGGGCGGGCAAGAAAUGGGAGAUGGUAUUGGGAAGACGGGUCCUCUAUGAGGUUCAAAAACUUUGCUUCAGAUCUUAGAUUAUUCCCACAAACAGGAACGAUACGCACAGUGUACAAUUAUGCUUAUGUGCCCACUUACGGCCGGAAAUGGAAGUAUGUGUCGAGGCGUUCCUCUAACAAGCUUGGAGUAAUUUGUGAAAAAAGAUGUUAAUUAAAAUCAUAAAUGAU